CUCCGAACUCCCUGAGAGUGGAGACAGGACAGGGGAACAAGAAGCUUCAGAGCAGUUUCUCUGACACACCUAAAUAUCCCUCACUGAGAAAACACACACACACACACACUCUCACUCUCACACACCCACUUCUGGACUUGGACUCAGCUGUGGACUCCACCACCUGUCCUCUGGAGCUCAACCUGUGCCGUCCACACUCCCAGUCAUCACUCCCAUCACCUCCAGUCCCUCAGCCGCCCGCUUGGUGAGGGGGCAAAUGGCCGUGGCGCGGGCCUCUCUUGGGGGCGUUUUGGGCUGUGUCUUGCUUUCCCUGGCGCUGGGGAGCAGCAAUGUGGAUUUCGGGGCACCUCCGGCGAGCUUCUACCCCCGUUUUAACCCGUUCUUCUUCCUGUGCACCCACCACACGGAGAUGGAGGGAGCCGGGGUGGCGGAGGGCGGCGGAGAGGUGCUGCUGACCCUCCAGAUCACAGGAAAUCCCAGUUCCUACACGCCUGGACAGGAGUAUCAAGUCACCAUCUCUACCAGUGUCCCCUUUGAUGGUCUGCUGGUGACUGGCCUCUACACAUCCACACCGGUCCAGUCUGCUCCCAUUCCUGCCCCUGCUGCUUUCGGCUUUGGUGUGAUACCAGAUCGCCAGUUUGCUGGAACCCAGUUCGUCUGCAGUGUUGUGGCCUCUCAUGUCAGCCAUCAGCCCUCCACCAGCUUCAGUUUCGUCUGGAUCGCUCCGCCGCCGGGCACCGGCUGCGUCAAUUUUCUAGCCACAGCAACGCAUCGAGGACAGAUCAUUUUUAAGGAUGCGCUGGCCCAGCAGCUCUGCGAGCAAGGAGCUCCAACAGAAACCCCCGUGAGACCCAAUCUGGUGGAGCUCCAUGCGAAACAUGCUGUUCUGCGAGAUGACUUUGACGCCAACGUCCCAGGAGAGUUGGACUCUAACAUAUGGUCUGAGUGCAGUAACUGUGAGGUUGGGGAGCAGUGCGGUGUGUUGUUGCAUGGCAGAGCCGUCACUUUCUGCGAGCACUUUGGAGAGCGAGAGCUGACCACAGUACCUCUCAACACCAGCACAGCCUCCGUCCUGCAGUUUGCUCUGGGUUCAGGUUCCUGUCGGUUCAGCUACUCAGAUCCCAGCAUCACCGUGUCGUACAGCCUAAGUGGCAACGCAAACACCUCGGGUGACUGGAUCACACUGGAAAAGAUCAGAGCUCCCACUAACAGCAGCACCGUCGUCCACCUGGUGCCACUCCCACAUUCCUCCAGGGGAGAAGCCGUUCGUCUGCGCUGGUCUCAGGAGACGCCCUACGGGCCUGAAGGCUACGAGUCCUGCUGGGGCCUCGACAACGUGCUGCUGGUGAAUUCUGCCCACAGAGUUCCCCUCAUAGAGGACAACCUGGAUCCUCUGGACACGUCCAACUGGCUCUUCUUCCCCGGAGCCACCAUCAAGCAUGCCUGUCAAUCGGAGGGCAAUGCUCUGUACUUCCUUGGUGGUGAAGGAGUCGGCCGCAGUUUCGCCUCCACCAGAAACAUCGAUUUGCACCGUGAAGAGGGAAGAAGCUACUGGGAAGAAGACUUUGAGACGCCACCUUUAAACUGGGACAUAGAGGGAGCAAUGUACGGGACAAAGUGUGGAGAGAUUGAAUCAGGCGCUGCUUUGGUGUUCGAGAAGGAGGGUCGGAGAAGAGUGUGCACCCCCUACCUGGACACCACAUCUUAUGGAAACCUCCGCUUCCACUUCACCAUGGGUGGUGGUGACUGCGAUCCCGGGGAGUCACAUGAGAACAAUGUGGUUCUGUUUGGAAGGUCAGAGGGCAGAAGGGAGCGUGUGGUGCUCGACACUCUCCCAUACUCUUCCUACAGGACUCCCUCAGUCGUAUCGGUCGCGCUGCCAUCUGAGCUGCAAACACCGGUCACACAGUUCUGCUUGGAGCAGCGGUCCCACGGAGGCGCUAACCGUCAUGUGUGGGCCGUGGAUUUCAUGCAGCUGCUCCCUGUGUUGCCUGGCACACACACACAUGUUGCUCAGUUCUCCAUCAACCUCGGCUGUGGCUCCUACCAGCCUGCCAACAGUGUGAGUCUGGAGUUUUCCACCAAUCUCGGUCGCUCCUGGUCUCUGCUGCACACCGAGUGUCUGCCAGAACUCUGUGCUGGGCCACAUCUACCUCACAGCACCGUCUACUCCUCAGACAACUACAGCGGGUGGACCAGAAUCUCUAUCCCCCUGCCCAAUGCUGCCUUGACAGAGACGACUCGGUUUCGCUGGAAGCAGACCGGCACCGGAACGGGCAACAUGUGGGCCAUAGACAAUGUGUACAUCGGACCAGCUUGUCUCCGGUUCUGCUCUGGAAGAGGACAUUGCUCCCGCACAGGCUGCAAAUGUGACCCAGGCUUCAGCGGUCCGGCUUGUGAGCUUGCGUCGCAGACCUUCCCCGCUUUCCUGUCCGAGGGUUUCUCCAGCCCGCGUCUUUCCUCCUACCACAGCUUCUCGUCUCUGCGCGGCGGUGAAGUCAGCUUUGGCUGCGGCGUGCUGGCCAGCGGAAAGGCUCUGGUCUUUAACAGGGAUGGCAGGAGACACUUGGUCACAGCGCCGCUCGACAGUUCCCAGGCCAGAUACCUCCAGUUCACUCUGCGCCUCGGCAGUCGCAGCAUCCUGAGCUCAUGCCCGGCUCCUGAUCAGCCGGGCGAAGGCGUUUUGUUGCAUUACUCUUCAGAUAAUGGCAUCACCUGGACCCUGCUGCGGCACUACGCGUACCAGGGCUUCCACGAGCCAAGGAUCGUUUCAGUCGAACUUCCAUCGGGCGCUCGUAAGUUUGGCGUCCAGUUCCGCUGGUGGCAGCCGUAUCACUCGGGACGCAGCCGCGACGUUUGGGCUUUGGAUGAAAUCAGCAUGACCUCGGUUCUGUUCAACACCAUAAGUCUGGACUUCAGCAACGUGUUGGACGUCACCCAGAGUCUCGGCUUUUACCUGGGAAAUGUUCAGCCAUACUGCCAGCACGACUGGACUCUCAGUUUCUCUGGUGAGCCCAGUCCCGGAUUCAGCAUCCGUUAUGUUGAAACGCAGUCGAUGCAAAUCGGCGCCUCCUACAGUCUGCAGUUCUCCCUGGUGAUGGGCUGCGGCCGCGACCCCUCCCCUCACAUCGACACCCAGGUGCGCCUGGAGUUUUCCACCAAUCACGGCCUCACCUGGCACCUGGUCAAAGAGGCCUGUCUACCUGGCAUGCCGAGCUGCUCUGAGUUUACAGCUCCCAGUGUCUACCAUCCGUCUGAGUUCAAAGACUGGAGACGUGUUACGCUCUCGUUGCCUCAGAAGACGUGGUCCAGUGCAACCCGGUUUAGAUGGAUCCAGAAUUACUACGGCGAGCAGGACGAGUGGGCUCUGGACGACAUCUACAUCGGCCAGCAGUGUCCCAACAUGUGCCACGGACACGGCUGGUGUGACCACGGACAUUGCAGGUGUGACGACGGGUUCUCGGGUCAGGACUGCCAGCCGUCGUCUCCGCUCUCGUCGAGCGUCCUCUCAGAUUUUGAGUCCCAAGACGCGCUGCUGGCCACGUGGCAGGAGGUGAUUGGCGGAGAGGUGGCGGCGCCCGACAUGGGCUGUGGGGUGGUGUCGUCUGGAUCGUCGCUGUACUUCAGCAAGGCUGGGCUGCGGGAGCUGGUGAGCUGGGAUCUGGACACGGAGUGGGCGGAGUUUGUGCAGUUCUACCUGCGUGUGGGCGGAGACUGGGCGGAGUGUAACCAGGCAGACAGCAGGGAGGAAGGAGUGCUGCUGCAGUACAGUAACGAUGGAGGAAUCAGCUGGGGCCUCAUUGCUGAGAUGUACUUCACAGACUUCACCAAACCUCGCUUUGUUCAUUAUGAACUUCCUCUGGCUUCUAAAACUCCCUCCACUCGCUUUCGGUGGUGGCAGCCGCUCCAUUCUGGGGAAGGGUACGACCAGUGGGCCAUUGAUGACGUCAUAAUUUUGUCCGAGAGGGAGAAACACAUCAUCCCAAUGGCCAAUCCGACUCUGCCGCAGAACUUUUACGAGAAGCCGGCGUUCGACUACCCUCUGAACCAGAUGAGCGUUUGGCUGAUGCUCGGCAAUGAGGGCAUGGAGAGGGACAACAACAGCAGCUUCUGCGCUCCGACUCCCUCAGCGAUGGUGUUUGGACGUUCAGACGGGGACCGGGUGGCCGUCACCAGGGACCUGGCCCUCCGCCCUGGGUACACCCUUCAGUUUAAGCUGAACAUAGGCUGUGAGUCAGAGUUCAGCGCCUCAGCCCCGGUCCUGCUGCAGUACUCCCACGACGCCGGCAGAACCUGGGCGUUGGUCCGAGAAGGCUGCUACCCGGGAACGCCGGGAACAGGCGUCUGUGAAGGCAGCGGCCGUGAGCUCAGAGAACCGACUGUCUACAACACUGGAGACUACGAACAGUGGACCAGGAUCACUGUGGUCAUACCUCGAAAUGUGGCAGCCAGUAAAACCAGGUUCCGUUGGUUCCAGGAGAGUAGCGUGUACCGAGACGCGCCACCGUUUGCUUUGGACGGAGUCUACAUUUCCGAGCCCUGCCCCAACCAUUGCGGCGGUCACGGAGACUGCAUUUCUGGUGUCUGCUUCUGCGAUAUGGGCUUCACAGUGGAGCAAGAUAGUUGUGUCCCAUCCGUAGCUAGUCCCACGGAGCUGACAGAGGACUUUGAGGGGAAGCUGAGUCCUCUCUGGCAGAGUAUCAGCGGGGGACAAAUCGGAGGCGGCUGCGGCAUCAUCAGUGAGGGCAAGGCUCUUUACUUCAGCAGUGCUGGACUUCGGGAGGCUCGAACAGCUCCUCUGGACACUACCAACACACGGUUGGCUCAGUUUUACAUCCGAAUUGGCAGCAAGAGUUUAGGACCCACCUGCACCAGGCCUCGCUCGCGCAAUGAAGGUGUCAUUGUCCAGUUUUCCACCAAUAAUGGCAUCCAUUGGCAGUUUCUGAGAGAGUUGGACUUCAGCUCCUUCUUGGAGCCUCAGGUGGUCACCAUUGAGCUUCCACCUCCAGCAAAAACUUCCUACACUGUGUUUCGGUGGUGGCAGCCACAACAAGGAAAGCACUCUGCCCAGUGGGCGCUGGAUGACGUUCUGAUCGGUAUGAACGACAGCUCCAGAACGGGUUUCCACGAUAAAUUCGAUGGCUCCACCCCGCUGAGGCACAACUGGUACCGGAUCCAGGGCGGGGAGGUGACCGUGGACUGCUUGUCUCUGGACACUGCUCUCACCUUUAACUCUGAGGCCAUUGAUAAGAAGCCAAGAUAUGCAGAGAGCUGGGACUUUGAGGUGACGGGUUCGUCAUUCCUCCAGUUUGAGCUGAGCAUGGGCUGCAGUAAGUCCACCUCCUUCUCCCACGGGGUCCGACUGGAGUACUCGACAGACUGUGGCCGCCACUGGACUCUCAUCACGCCGGAGUGUGUCCCUCCAGCCAUCGGCUGCGCUGGUUACACACAGAGCUCCAUCUAUGCAUCAACCCAACACAAACACUGGAGGAGAAUCACGGUUUACCUGCCCAGUGCUGCUAAUUCCCCCAGAACUCGGUUCCGUUGGAUCCAGACCCACUUCACACCAGGGGCAGAAGGAUGGGCACUGGACAACGUGCUACUUGCCCCUGGUUGCCCAUGGAUGUGCUCUGGACAUGGUCUGUGUGACAACGGCCGCUGUGUAUGUGAUAAAGGUUACGGCGGAGCGCACUGCGUACCUUUGGCUCCUCUGCCCUCGGUGCUGAGGGAAGACUUCAACGAGAAUCUGCAGCAGGAGACUUGGCCCGAAGUGUACGGCGCAGAGAGGGGGACGCUCAGCGGGGAGCCACUUAAAUCUGGAACUGCGCUUAUUUUCAAAGGGGAUGGACUGCGAAUGAUUGUGUCGAGGGAUCUGGACUGUUCCAGCACUCUCUACAUCCAGUUCUCUUUCAAGUUUAUCACCAAAGGCGUGCCGGAGCGCUCCCACUCGGUGCUGCUGCAGUAUUCUGUGAACGGAGGGAUCAGCUGGCUCCUGUUGGAUGAGUUUUACUUCCCGUCUUCCACAGACACGCUGUUCCUCCACCUGCCUCUGCCAGCCAGCGCUCAAACCAACGCCACCCGUUUCAGACUGUGGCAGCCUUACAACAGCGGUAAAAAGGAAGAGGUGUGGGUGAUCGAUGAUCUCAUCAUUGAUGGCAGCUCUCUACACAAACCACCGAUGGUAAUCGACACUUUUGAGGAAGGCCCUAAUGAGGAGAACUGGCUUUUCUACCCUGGUGGAAACACAGGACUAUACUGCCCCUACCAAAAGGCUGGCCUGGAAGAAGAUGAGUCGGCCAUGGUGUUCAUCUCCAGUGAGCUUGGAGAACACUCCAUCACCACCAGGGACAUUGACGUCAACGAGAACACCAUCAUCCAGUUUGAGAUCAAUGUUGGCUGUACUACUGAGAGCUCCUCUGCAAACCCGGUUCGGCUCGAGUUUUCACGGGACUUUGGAGCCACAUGGCACCUUUUGGUGCCGCUGUGUGCCGGCGGCCCUCAGCCCUCCUCGCUUUGCUCCACAGAGCUUCACCCUGCCAGCAUCUAUUUCCCCGGUACCACACACGGCUGGAGGAGAGAGCUGAUCCACGUUGGCAAGCUUCGCCUGUGUGGGUCAAUAAGGUUCCGCUGGUUCCAAGGUUUCUUCUCAGCUGGUUCUGCUCCUCCAACUUGGGCGCUGGAUAACGUUUACAUCGGCGCUCAGUGUCAGGACAUGUGUAACGGUCAUGGGGUGUGUGUGAGCGGCACCCACUGUGUGUGUGACCCCGGUUUCUCUGGACCCGACUGCUCUGUUCCAGAAACCCCAAAUCCAGACUUCCUCAAGGAGGACUUCGAAGGAGGAGCUGUGGAUGCUGAGCAUUUCACUCUGCUGAGUGGAGGAAAACCAUCCAGGAAAUGUGGCAUCAUGUCCAGCGGAAACCACCUGUUCUUCAGCGAGGAUGGUCUACGCAUGUUGGUCACCAACGAUAUGGAUCUGUCAAAUGCAAGGUUUGUUCAGUUCUUCCUUCGCCUUGGCUGUGGCAAAGCGGCACCGGAUCCUCGUUCUCAGCCUGUUCUGCUGCAGUUCUCUGUGGAUGGAGGCCUAACCUGGGGACUGCUCCAGGAGUUUCUCUUCAGUAAUACCAGUAACCAAGCUCGGCUGGUGGCUCUGGAGAUCCCACUGCGUGCCAGAACACCUGCCACUCGUCUGCGCUGGUGGCAGCCGUCUGAAAAUGGUCACUUUUACAGCCCGUGGGUCAUAGAUCAGGUCGUGGUGGGUGGCAGUGCUAGCGGCUGGGGGCCACUGGAAGACGAUUUCUCCUCGAUCGACGGACGGUCGUGGCUCCUCCACCCGGGUGGAACCCGAAUGCCUGUGUGUGGUUCUGACGGACCAGCUUUCGCUUUCAUCGAGAAAUCCAACACACGAUACGCCGUCACUACUGACAUUAGUUUGGGCCAAGAUGCUUUCAUCCAGUUCGACUUUUCUGCAUCCUGCUCUGUCACUAAUUCUUGUUACUCUGUGGAGUUGGAGUAUUCACUGGAUCUGGGUCUGACUUGGCAGCCGCUGGUCAGAGACUGUCUGCCUACAAGUCCCGACUGCUCUUCUUACACUCUGCAGCGGAUUCUCGUUUCAGACACCUACAACAAGUGGGGCCGUGUCACCUUGUCUAUCCCUUCAUACGCCAGAUCUCCUGCCACGAGGUUCCGCUGGUUCCAACAGGCUCCCUUUGAUAAGCAGCAGACCUGGGCUCUGGAUAACCUGUACAUUGGUGACGGCUGUCCUGAUAUGUGCUCUGGACACGGCCGCUGCCAACAGAGCUCCUGUGUGUGUGACCCGGAGUGGGGAGGAGAGUACUGCGACGAGCCAGUGCUGUCGCUGCCGUCCCAGCUGAAGGACAGCUUCAGUCGAGCGCCGUCGCUCAGCCACUGGCACGUUCUCACGGGUGGGAAGCUCAGCUCCGUGUGUGGAGCUGUGGCGUCUGGAGCUGCGCUGCACUUCAGCGGGUCAUGCACCCGUCAGCUCGUGACGGUGGAUCUGAAUCUGACGAAUGCGGAGUUCAUCCAGUUCUACUUCAUGUACGGCUGCAUGAUUCCUCCCAGCAACCGGAACCAGGGAGUCCUUCUGGAGUACAGCUUGAACGGGGGAAUUAACUGGCAUUUACUCACAGAGAUCUUCUACGAUCUCUACACCAAACCUGGGUUCGUAAAUGUGCUGCUGCCCCCUGCUGCACGUCAGGAAGGAGUGCGGGUGCGGUGGUGGCAGCCGCAGCAUGAAGGAGCAGACCGAAGCGACUGGGCUCUGGACAACGUCCUCAUCGCCGGAUCAGACCCGCGGGCCCAGAUCUCUGACACAUUCGGAGGCGUGGCUCUGCCUAACCAUGAGAGAGCACCUGCAGAUGAGACUUCUGGAAGAGUCAGUCUGCUGAAUGAACAGGAAGAAACGCCAAUAGUGAGUGACCACUGGCUUUUCUCUGAGGAUUGCUUUGUGCAGCGCUUCUGCAACUCCCCUGAUGGUGUGAUGGUGUGUGGAAAUGCAGAUGGGAGAGAAGUGUAUGCUGUCACACAUGAUAUUGUUCCAGACAAAGGCUGGGUCAUGCAGUUCAAGAUUGCUGUUGGCUGCAAUAUUCCAGACCGUCCAGCAGAUCGACAGAUCCAUGUUCAGUAUUCGGUAGAUUUUGGAGUUACAUGGAAGUACCUGGUCCCUCAGUGCCUGCCUGCUGACCCUCGCUGUGGCGGUCAGGUCUCCCAGCCAUCAGUCUUCUUCCCUGCUGAGGGCUGGAAAAGGGCAGUCUACCCACUUCCAGACAGCAUGGCUGAAACUGCGGUGCGGUUCCGGUUUUACCAGCAGCACUCGGACAUCCAGUGGGGUGUGGAGAACCUGUACAUCGGGCCGCCCUGUGACGGCCACUGUGGGGGACACGGAGACUGUCUGGAUCAGCGAUGCAUCUGCGAUCCAGGAUUCACCGGACCCAACUGUUACGCCAGUACCGCCCUAAAGGCAUCUUUGAAGGAGCGCUUUGACUGGGAAGGGGGAGCCGGACCUCAGUGGCAGGUGCUGGAGGGCGGGAAGCCCUGCACAGACUGUGGCGUUCUGGUGGAGGGCACCGCUCUGUAUUUUGGAGGAGCUGAUGCCAGGCAGGCUGUCACUGCCGAUCUGGACCUCCGGGGGGCCAAGUUUGUGGAGUACUGGGCCAGGAUCGGAAGUGACGACAACAUGACCAUGUGCCACCGUCCCACAUGCCGUAAAGAGGGGGUCCUGCUGGAUUACUCCACUGAUGGAGGUGUGUCCUGGACUCUGCUACAUGAGAUGGAUUACCUGAAGUACGUGUCCGUGAGGAGAGACUAUAUUGUUCUGCCAGAGGUGGCGCUGACUAACGCCACACGCCUGCGAUGGUGGCAGCCUUUUACCGUCUCGUCAGGGUUGGCCACGCCAAGCCUGGAGAGAGCUCAGUGGGCCAUCGACAACAUCUUGGUGGGAGGGUCAGACAUCAACCCGUCCACACUGCUGGACACCUUUGAUGAUGAGGGCGUUUCUCAUGAGGAAAGCUGGAGUUUCUAUCCUAACGCUGUGCGUACCGCCGGCUUCUGUGGAAAUCCCUCAUUUCACCUCUACUGGCCGAACAAGAACCAAGACAGGACACACAACAUCCUUGCUACUCGAGAGCUUAUAGUUCAGCCCGGAUACAUUUUGCAGUUUAAGAUUGUUGUCGGCUGUGAGGCAGACACAUGUGAGGAUCAUCACUCUGUCCUGCUGCAGUACAGGAAGGACGCACGGUCCGACUCGUGGCAGCUGGUCCAGUCAGAAUGUCUUCCUUCGUCUGUGAACAACGUUGGCUGCUCCCCCUUCCAGUUCCACGAAUCCACCAUCUACAGUCCGGUUAACAGCUCCACCUGGACCAGAGUCACGGUCCAGCUGCCGGACCACGUCUCCUCAGGAGCUACGCAGUUCCGCUGGAUUCAGAAGGAGGGAACAGGAGAGAGGCACAGCUGGGGGGUGGAUAAUGUUUACAUUGGCGAGGUUUGCCCCGGGCUCUGCAGUGGCCGUGGCUACUGCACGAGUGGAGUGGUCUGCAUCUGCGAUGAAGGAUACCACGGCGAUGACUGCUCCCUCUCCAGCACAGACUUGCCGAGCUCCAUCAAGGACAACUUCGAGUCCGGGGCGGUGUCUCCGGAGAGCUGGCAGCUGAUCCACGGCGGCGGCGUGGGCAGCGGCUGCGGGCAGCUGUCUCCACAUGCUCACGGAGACUCUCUCUACUUCAGUGGCUGUAAGCUGAGGCAGGCAGUUACCAAACCGCUGGACCUCACUAGAGCCAGGUACAGCAAGAUCAUGUUUGUGCUGCAGAUCGGCAGCGUAGCACAGACAGACAGCUGUAACAUCGCUCUGGAUCAGGCCGACACAGUGGACCGGGCCGUGCUGCUGCAGUACAGCGUCAACAACGGAGUCAGCUGGCACGUGAUUGCCCAGCAUCAGCCCAAAGACUUCAUAAAGGCCCAGAGAGUCUCCUACAACAUCCCACUUGAAGCGAGGGUUAAAGGCGUAAUGCUGCGAUGGUGGCAACCCAGACACGAUGGUGCAGGACAUGACCAGUGGGCUUUGGACCAUGUGGAAGUAGUUCUACUGGGGCUCCUUCCCCCCCAGACCUUUCUACAAGACAGCAGUCCCCACCUCCUGCCCAUCCCCUCUCGCGCUCUAACCUCUGCUCUCUUCUGUAUUCUGCUCCCUCUGGCAUGGCUGUAGUGUGAGCACACGCAAACAAAACUACAUGAUGAGCUUUGCCAGACAGACCGGGAUGCGUCACUACUACAGCCGCAAGCGGCGGGCACUGCAGCAGCGUGCCUGAAUCCCCGCCCCCUUCCUCCUGACCGCAUUUCGCCCCGCUGUGACCCGUCCGCCGGUGGAUUCAAGUCGUCCCGCCCAUCUUCUGCUCGUUCUCAACAAAUCACCUUGGCUUUCUCAACCAAACCCAGUAAAACUCAUAACGAAGGAAUAAGGCGGCCAUUUUGGAGAGGAUGGUCCACGGUUUCUAGUUCUUUUGUAAUUGUCGCUGCCAUUCCUUGAAAUCCUUCGCCGUAUCCCUUCUUUUCCUACCACACUGUGAAAUUAAAAGAUGAUUUAUCACUGCUGAACUGACCAGCUGAUUGGAGAGUAGCCUCCCAGUUCCACUGAGCCGCCUCCAAAGCUGCCAAACCAGUAAGCCAGGAGAAGGACACACAAUGACCAUAAAGGAGGAACAACAAUGAAGCUUAAAAAAAAACUGAAAAAAAAAAAAUAGAGUACUGUGUUCUUGGUGUUCUGUGUGUUUGUGGGUUAAUUUUGUGAUAAGUUGACUGUGGUGUUCCGUUUAUUUGUUUGUUCGUUUUCUACUAAUUCAUAUGAUAUUAUAGGGGAGGGACUGGGGGAUAUGCUGGGUUUUGUUUGCCUUCUCACGUUUUUUCUUUUCUCUUUAUUUUUUGGAUCAUGUGAGCAACGAGCAAAAAGCCUCAACAACAACCAGAGAAGGAAGGAAAAGAUUUGCACAAAAACUAAAAAAAAAAAAAAAGAAAUUAUGGGGAAAACUUUUUUUUUGUUAUUGUUUUUUUAUAUAUAUGUUGGUUUCCGAAAAAUACAGAUAUUUAUGGUAAAUGGUUCUUCACGUAACCUAUUUAAGAUGCACUGUGCGUGAAAUCUGUAUGUUAUUUUCCAGUGUUAAGUUAUUACAGUCGAGUCAGGCUCUCGGACUGCAACAUCUCCCCUCUUCCUUCACUUUCCUACGAUGGCGAACUGGAGCUGAUCUGGAUUUAAAAAAAGAAGUACUUUUCCACCAAAAACUCUCACAAAUUUUGAGGUGAAAUACAGAAAUUUACUUGAAAAAAUAAGGAAAUUCUGAGCUCAAAAAGUUGUAAAUUUGCAGUCCAAUCUCAAAUGUUUCUAGAAAAACACUUGGAAAUUUCUGAGCUCAAAAAGUCAAAUGUGAGAGAAAAACUCAAAUUUUUAGGUCAAUUCAGUUUGUGGAAAAAACGUUGAAUUUUGAGCUUAAAAAGUCGGUAAUAUGCAAGAAAAAAACUCAGAAAUAUUGACAAUUAUCUCCAAAAUUUUCUAGGAACAGCUUGAAAUUUCUGAAAAGUUUAAUAUUUUUACUUUUGGAACUCAGAAAAUUACCAAAAGUUGUGAAUUUUUUACAUGGAGCUCAAUCAUUUCCACCUUUCUUAUAGGAAAUAUUGCAAAAUUUAUCAAAAUGUGUUUUUUCUCCCAAAUUUUUGUCUUGACCACGUUUUGGGUUUUUUUUCUAGAAAAUUUCUGAGAUUAAUCUCAAAGUUCCUGAGUUUAGGUUUUACAAAUUCAUUACUUUUGGUGCUCCAAAAUUUCUGAGAUCGAUAUCAAAGUUUGAGUUUUCUGGGGGAAAUUUACUACUUUUUCUUUUCUAUCUAUGACUACCCCAAUUCGCCGUCGUCCUUUCCUGUUUUCUUGUGCUGUUUCCUCCCUUUUUCCUCCCACAUCCUCUCUCUCUCUGCUGAUUUCUGGUACCUGGAGGUGAGGCUCUAUUAGUGUCGUUUAUGGACGUCUGUGUAACAUGGACCCUCUGACCCUCAGUGUAACUCCAGUAUAGCAAUUUCCUGUAUAUAUAUGUAUAUCCACUAUGGGGAGACCCAGCAGCCUUAUAAAAGGGAAAUAAAGAACUGUCAAACCUCAAACUACAUUUUGUCACAUUUUUCCUCUCUUAAAAGCCUACAUAUUAUCAAUCUUUUAGAACUUGAGAAAAAUCACCUUUAAUUUCUAAACUACAAACCUCUGAGAAGCAGCAGGUAGGCCUGAAGCCGUUAAUCUGAUUGAUUGAUUGAUUGAAUGGAAGAGGAUUAGGGCCACUAAAGUUUUUUUUUCUCAGAAAUCUGACUUGAAACAAUUUUUUCUGACAAUUGACUUUUUUUCAAUUUUUUUCCUCGAUUUUUGGAAUUUACUUUUUCAUUAGAAUUCUUUAAUCUGAAUUAUUAAUUAUUCUGAAUUACAACUAUUUUGCUAGUCUUUUUUUGUAGUUAUUUUUUCUCAAUUCUUAGAAUUCUAACAUUUUCAUUAGAUUCUUUAAUCUCUGAAUUAUUUCUCAUUUUUUUCCUCAGAAUUCUGAGGUUAAAGUGGGAAAAAAAGGAAAACGUAAUUUUUUGCUUCUGGUUAAUAUUUUUUAGCCAUUGAUAUAGCAGGUACGACCAGGUUUGUCUUAUUUACGUAGUGCUUUAAAAACGUCUUCCACAACAUUAUUACAUCUGAAAUAUUUUAUUACAGAUCUUGGAUUAAAAACAUAAAUACUACUUAAAAACAUCGUAAUAAAAGCGUCUGGCAUUCGGAUGGCGCACACUGCAGUUUUCAGACUGCGUGUUCGCCCCUCAACUUCUCAUUACCUAUUUUACUCACAAACAAGUAAUAAUAAAGACAGCCAGAAGAGUUAUAAGAACAUAA